AUGAAUCAACAACCGGACGAGGACAACUAUUCAGAACUACCAUUACUCGAGCGAUUACAACACAAAGUUUGGAAAGCUCGUUUGAAUGGGUACCAGGAAUUGAAAACAACUCUACUGAACUAUGAUAAUAUAGAAAGAAACCCAAAUAAAGAUCCCGAAUUAACAACUUUUUGGAGAGAUCCAUCUCUAUUCAAUAAAUUCAUCACAGAUUCAAACGUCGUUGCUCAAGAAAAUGCCAUCUUAGCUUUAGAAGCUUUGAUUUUAACAUUUAAACCGUAUACUUCAACAAAACAUGCAACAACUGCUCUUCUACCAACAUGGAUACCGUCUUUAGUUGAAAAAGGGAUGUCUUCUAAUAGAGCAACAACUAAAAAUAAAUCAUUAGAAUGCAUCAUGUUAUUAGCAUCAUUAGAUACGUCCAUAAGUUUAACAUUGGAACUAAUAUUAACGAUAUUUAACAAUAAUUCCACUCCGAAAAAGAUUCAACCACCAAAAUUAUUAGUUGGUGCAUUAAUCUGUAUAUCUGAAUUAAUAAAAUCUUAUGGUUUAAUUAACGUUCAAAUUCAAACAAUGUUACCUCAAUUAGUAACACCUUUAAUAACAUUGGCAAACCACGCGGAUAAAAACGUUAGAGCAGAAACUUUGAACCUAAUAGUUAACAUAUUUAAUACUACAGGCCGAAAUAAAUUGGUUUUACAAGAUCUCUUAUUGGAUCAUUUGAAACCAAUUCAACAAAGGGAUCUGGAUAAAUUAUUCGAGAAAAGUUCCGCACAACCACAAUUAUCAACAAGACUAUUUGAAUGGCAAAGAAGAGAAAUUGAACUGGAAAAACAACGGAAAGCUAAACAAGAACAACUUGAUGCCCAAUCCAAACUAAUCGAUAACGAUGGCGAUACUGACAUGGAUAUGAAUGCCAAUACUAAUAUGAGAUCAUCAAAUGCUACAAAUAACAUUGACCCAUUUGUAAUGUUACCAGAAGAAACAAUAUUAGAUAAAUUACCGGAAGAUUUCAAUUCAAGAAUUACUUCUUCCAAAUGGAAAGAUAGAGUUGAAGUAUUAGAAGAAUUUUAUGAUACAACUUUAACUAAAGUUAAAAAAUUAAGAUUUAAAAAUCAAGAUUAUUCUCAUCUUUUAAACAUUUAUGCAAAUAUUAUUCAAAAGGAUCCAAACGUUCAAGCAGUUACAUUAGCGUCUGAUUCUGUAUUCAUUCUAUGUGAAAAAUUAAGAACUCCAGGAUUUAAUAAACAUUAUCUUUCCAUUGUAUUUUUACCUCUAUUAGAAAGAACCAAAGAGAGGAAACCAUCUGUCAUCGAAUCAAUAAGGAAAGCUUUAAAGUUAUUAUGUCAAUUUUAUAAUCCUUUGAACAGUAAUGGUAAUAAUGAAGAUAUGCUUCAUGAAAUUACUACUAUAUUCAUGAAACAUAAAACACCACAAGUUAGGUUAGAAAAUUCCACUUUAUUUAAAUAUGUUUUGGAAAAUUCAUUCGCUAAUGGGAAUAAUCCAAUCCCAUUAUUAACAAGACAUUUAAAUGAAGAUAUUAUUCCUUCUGUAGUUCAUAUCGUCAAUGAUACUCAACCAAAUAUUAGGUCUAUCGGAUUCGAAUGUUUAGCUAUCUUGAUCAAAAUUUUGGGAAUGAGACCUCUCAAUGAAACGAUGGAGAAGUUAGAUAAUCAAGAAAAGGAAAAAAUUGAAUCAUUGAUUGAUACCUUGCCAUCAUUUACUAUUCGAAAGACAUCAUCAUCAUCUUUAUCAUCAGCGAAUGCUAAUUCAACACCUACAUCAACAACACUCAUAAAGAGACCUAACUCAUUAGUUCCACCUAUAAUACCAUCUAAGAGAAGUGCCACCUCACCCUUGAAGAAAACGAAUUUACAACCUAAAUCAAGAGUAUUAUUAACAUCAAGAUCUUUAACAAUGCCUGAAACUCCUUCAACAGCAGCGCCUCAUUCUCAGCCAUCUACUAGGAUGCCAUUACGAUCAAAUGAUAAUGGUAACACUAGUAAACUAAAUACUGAAUUAAGAAUUCAAUUAGAUAAAUUAGAAAAUGAAAAGAAAAAAUGGAUUGAAGAAAGACAAAGCUUUUUAGAAAGGAUAAAUUCGUUAGAAAAUGUAAAAUUAGAAAUGAAUAAAGAAAUUGAAAUUUUAAAAGAACAAUCAAAUAAAAGUCAAUCUGAUUUAUACGAAAAAAAUUUACAAUUAAGGUCAAAAGAAUUACAAAUUAAUAGAUCACAAGAUAAGAUUACUCAUUUAGAAAAUGAAUUGAAAAGACUACAACAACAACAACAACAACAACAGAAACCACAAAAUCAAUUUAAUAUAAUGGCGUCACCAUCUUUAAAUAAUCAUAUCAAUGACAAUAAUAUAAGAACUGAACCAACAGUGCAUAACAAUAUAUCGCCUUCAAUUAAUAAUCACGCUAAUAAUAGCAAAAUAAAUACGACCCCAUAUGAGAGAAGAAGAUUAAGUACAUCGAGUGACGAUUUACCACGACGAGUAGAUUCAUUACAGUUAGACUCAUCAUCUAGCGAUCUAUCUUCUAAUUUAAUUAAAGAAGAAAGUUGGAAACGUGCAGCUGAAGUCACUAAACAAUUAAAAGCAAGGAUACAAAGGAAUGAAAAUAAGGAAUAA